AUGUCUUCCUCCUCUCCCCCCAAUAGCGACGACAGCGGCAAGAAGCACCCGCUGGACGCCAUGGGCGCCUUCUUCUCGGCGCAGGUGAACCGCCGCAAGCUGGUCACCACGCAGAAGCUGGCCAUGUCCGAGCGCUGCACCUCCUGCGGCGACGACUUCCCCGGCUGCGCCCACCGCCCCGCCGACCGCAAGGCGUGGAUGGCGGAGCUGGGGCCCGACCGCCUGCGCCUGCACCAGGUGGUGUGGCCGGGCACCCACGACUCGGCCACCAACAAGAUCGGCAUCCCCUUCAUCACCCGCCCCUUCGCGCAGUGCCAGUCGCUCUCCGUCUACCACCAGCUCGCCCUCGGCUGCCGCCUCCUCGACGUCCGCGUGCAGGAGGAGCGCCGCGUCUGCCACGGCGUGCUCGCCACCUACUCCGUCGACGUCGUGCUCGACGACGUCCUCCGAUUCCUGUCCGAGACCGUGUCGGAGGUCCUGGUCCUCGAGAUCCGCACCGAGUUCGGCCGCGAGGACCCGCCGGACUUCGCCAAGUACCUGGUGGAGCGGCUCGGGGAGCACCUGAUCCCGCAGGACGAGGCGGUGUUUCACAAGACGGUCGCGGAGCUGCUCCCGCGGCGGGUGAUCUGCGUGUGGAAGCCGCGCAAGUCGCCGGCGCCCGGGCGCGGCGAGCCGCUGUGGAGCGCCGGGUACCUCAGGGACAACUGGAUCGACACGGACCUGCCGGAGACCAAGUACGAGAGCAACCUCAAGUUCCUGGGCCAGCAGCCGCCGGCGAAGGACCGGCGGUACCUGUACCGGGUGGAGAACACGGUGACGCCGCAGGCCGACAACCCGGUGGUGUGCGUGCGGCCCGUCACCAACCGCAUCCGCGGCUACGCGCGCAGCUUCAUCGCCGAGGCCUUCGCCAAGGGCCUCGGCGACCGCCUGCAGGUCUUCUCCACCGACUUCAUCGACGGCGACUUCGUCGACGCCUGCGCCGGCGUCACCAAGGCCCGCGUCGACGGCGCCGCGUGA